AUGUCGCACUGUGCAUGUCUGCUGGGUCUCGGUAUCGUCUCAUCAAUCCAUGACUUGCUCGCGACGAACCCGCACGCUCGAUUGCAAGCAAAAGCUCCGCUAGUAGCUUCUAGCGGACUAGCACCCGUCUGCCCCCUGCACCGCUCGUCACGAACUAGAAACCGGGCCUCAGAUUUCCAAUCCCCAGGGCGCGACAGUGCAGCUUUCACACAGUCAGAGCAGUGUCUAGGAAAGGUCUCCACCCAGCCUGCCAUCUUCGUCCUUCGUGGAGCGGAGGUACCCCAAGCGCACCAUCCCCUGGUAGCCGAGAACCUACCACACGCUCUCACUCUCGUCUGCCCGUACCUUGACCUUGCCGGGUCCAUCCUAGGCCCUGGUCUGGCGUCUCCUUUGCUGCGUGGGCUUUCUUGGUCUGCACAGUCCGGUGUGUCUUAA